GCAUUGGCUUCUGGGUCGACCCGAUUGUUUGGGAUAAGCUGUGUGCGAGGUGGGGAAGCGAAGACUUCAAGGUAUAAAUCUCAAGACAAAAUCAGGAGAAUAGAAAGAUGCUAACCAAUAACCACACAGCAGGCCGCAAAUCCUUUGUUAUGAUACUAGAGGAGAAGCGGGCGACAAAUGCGACUUUGGUGGAGUUUUAUAAGGAGACUCACUGGUUGAAGAAGAACGGUAAAUUUGUCACCUCAGCCACUGAAGACACUUAUAAAAAGAUGGUUGGCAAACUGGAUGAUCUAGAGCCUGAACGACGCACUGAUGAGGCUGCAGCGAAUGUGUUUAGGGAGGUAUUUGGGCAUAGACUAGGAUAUGCCCGGGGGCUAGGGGAGAUGGUCAUCCCGAAGUCGACAAGACAAUGGGACCAUGAACGAGGAAAAGAGUACCUUGCCUUAAUCGAACAACACAAGAAAGAUGCCGACAACUACAAGAAAGAUACCGACAACUACAAGAAGAUGCUUUGA